AUGUCGUCCUCUUGGGAGACAAAAUUGAGACCAGAAGAAGUCAAUGCAUACAAACAAAUAUUUAAAGCUGCUUGUAAAAGUCAACCCAACUUAGUUACUGGUGUUGAAGCUGUUCAGUUCUUUGCCAAGUCUGGCUUACCUAAUGAAGUUCUCUCAGAGAUUUGGGAAAGUGCAGAUGUAAAUAACUUGGGAUAUCUUACAGAGGAUACUUUUGCAAUAGCAUUAAAAUUGAUUGCAUGUGCUCAAAACAAUAUCAAAGCAAUUGAACCCUUCUUUUUAGUUACACCGUUGCCGCAAUUCAAAGGAAUUCAGCUGACCAAUCAAACUUCAAGUAUAGUCAUGACACCAGAAGAAAAGAACAAGUUCAAAGCUAUUUAUCAAGCACAGUGUCCUACAUCUCAAGGUGUUCCUGCUGAAACAGCAAAGAACUUGUUUCUUAAAUCCAAGCUGCCAAAUGACAAAUUAGCUCAAAUUUGGAACCUAGCUGAUAUUCGCAAAAAUGGUUACUUGGACCAAACCGAAUUCAUAAUUGCUAUGUUUUAUAUCGCAAAACUCAUGGAUAAAUCAAUGACUACACUGCCCUUUAUUUUACCUACUGAUGUCUAUUUAGCAGCCUCAAGCGAAACAACAACACCUCAAGCUUUUAUUGCUUCUCCUCAAUCUAUCCAUUCACCUCUUGAACAACCAUCCAAGGCCAAAAAAAUUGAUAUUAUAGGCACCAUGGCAUUUUCUUCUACAGCACCUCAUGUACCAUGGGACAUUGCAGCACACGAAAAGGCACAGUACGAUAGUUAUUUUGCAAAACUAGAUAAGCAACAUUCAGGUUUUGUACAAGGUGUAGACGCAGUUGGGUUCUUUAAGAACUCUAAACUACCUCAAGCUGAGCUGGCCAAGAUUUGGGAUUUGGCUGAUAUCAAUGACCGUGGUGCUUUAAAUGCAAAUGAAUUUGCUAUUGCUAUGCAUUUGAUUCAUAAGCGAUUGGCUGGUAAAUCUUUGCCUCAAGCCUUGCCCAAGAGUUUAUUGCCUCCUCCUACACCUGUCAUUCCUCCUCCUACACCUUUGGUGAGCAGUAAUGUAAAUCCUGUGGCUCCUACAAGCAUCUAUCAAGAUGAAGAUUUGCUGGGUGAUUUUAGCGAUGAACAACUGAUUGAAGUCACGAACCAAGUCAACCUGAUUCAGAACCAAAUUACAGCUGCAACCAAGUCUACUAAAGACAUUCAGUUACAACAAAAAUCGACUCAACAAGCUUUAAAUGCACUUGAACAGAAAAAGGCGGACCUUGAACAACAAGUCGUACAACUGAAAGCUCAACAUGAUCAACAAAAGACAGUGCUCGACGAACUGAACCAAGCCAUUCAACAAGAACAACCUGGUUGGACAACAACUCAAUCUGAAUUUGAUGUGGCUCAAAAACAGUUGGAAUCCAUUCAGACUGAAUUGUCAAAGACAAAACAAGAUUAUAAAGAGGGUCAGCUAGAGAAUGAACGACUGCGUCGUGCUGUUCAUAAUAUUCAGAUGGAAUCCAUGCGAUUAAAAAAAGAAAUGGAUCAAUUGCAUGAAGAGCAUCGUAAGAAGCAAGAAGCUGCUGCUGCUAGACGUGAAGCUCGGCGCAAAGCUGAAGAAGCACGCAAGGCUGAAGAAGCACGCAAGGCUGAAGAAGCACGCAAAGCU